UCUUGGCGAGCUGGGCCGGCCUCCACCGGCAGUCAUUUCCGGAGCAGGAGCCUGGGCUGAACCGGCCAACCAGCGCGCCUGCCUGGCUAAGGAGGCGCAAACAGGAUGGCGGCGGCGGCGGCCCCGGCUGCAGGGGCCGCCGAGAAGGAGGCGAACCAGGAGAGCAGCCUGGGCGCUUAUUCGCCCGUGGAUUAUAUGAGCAUCACCAGCUUCCCCCGCUUGCCCGAAGAGGAGGCGGGCAGCGUCAUCGCCCCCGAGAGCUGCCUGCGCUCCAGGAAAGAGGAGGAUGCCUUCCUGGCAGAGCAGGACACCGACCCAGAUUCGUUCCUUAAAUCAGCUCGCCUCCAGCGCCUGCCUUCUUCUUCAUCGGAAAUGGGCAGCCAGGAUGUCUCACCACUUCGGGAGACCAGCAAGGACCCCUUCUCUGGGGACUGCAGCUGUCGUCAGGAUGGUCUGACUGUGAUCAUCACUGCCUGCCUAACAUUUGCUACAGGAGUCACGGUGGCCUUAAUCAUGCAAAUCUACUUUGGGGAUCCCCAGAUAUUCCACCAAGGUGCUGUAGUCACUGAUGCUGCUCGCUGCACCGCCCUAGGGAUUGAGGUACUGAACAAGCAAGGAUCCUCAGUGGAUGCAGCCAUUGCCUCAGCCUUAUGCUCAGGAAUUAUCAACCCUCACACAGCUGGCAUUGGCGGUGGAGGGGUAAUGCUGGUUCAUGACAUCAGGAAGAAUGAAAGCCAGGUUGUGGAUUUCCGAGAAACCGCCCCCUUCAACAUCCAAGAAGAGGGUCUUAGCAAGUUUUGGGAAACAAAGCCGGGUCUCUUAGUGGGUGUUCCAGGAAUGAUCAAAGGACUCUAUGAAGCACACCAGUCUUAUGGGAGGCUGCCAUGGAGACAGUUGUUGGGCCUUGUUGCAGAUAUUGCUCAAGAUGGAUUCAAUGUCACAUAUGAUUUAGCAAUGGCUAUCAAAGAAAUGAAGGAACACUACAAUCAUUCAGAAAAAAUUAGAGAAAUUUUCUUUCCUGAUGGGCAACCUUUGUUGCCAGGAAUGUUUGUGAGAAGACCAGAUUUGGCAGCUCUUUUAGACUUGAUUGGAUCAAGAGGAGUGUCCGCUUUUUAUAGUGGAAAUGUGACACAAGAAAUUAUUUCAGAGGUCCUGAAAUCUGGAGGUACUUUGUCUGAAGAGGACUUUAGCAACUACACUGUGUUGGUUGAAAAUCCAGUUCAUACAAUAUACCAAGGACAUCUUGUUCUGAGUCCACCACCUCCACAUACAGGCCCUGCUUUGAUCACAGCCCUAAACAUCCUUGAGGAGUUUAAUAUUACCAGUCAAGUAGGCAGAGAAAUUAUUCUGCAUUGGAUAACAGAGACCUUAAAGGUUGUGUUGGCAUUAGCUGGCAGUCUGGGAGAUCCUUUCUAUGAUGCAUCCAUUUCUGACAGUGUGGAAGAUAUGAUGAGUAAAUCUAAAGCCAAUUUCCUGCAUCAGCAGAUUGAUUCCCAGGCUCCCUCUGAUCUUCACAUCCCACAUUUCUCUAUUGAAAGUGGCCCUUCGGCCAGCCAAGUCCUUGUCAUGGGACCUGAUGAUUACAUUGUUGCUGUUGUAAGUUCCUUGAAUCGGCCAUUUGGAAGUGGAAUAAUGACUUCUUCAGGAAUCCUUCUAAACAGUCAGAUGUUGGAUUUUUCUUGGAUGAAUGAAACAGAGGACCAUUCCUCUUCCAGCUUGAGGAAUUUUAUUCAACCUGGGAAGCGGCCUUUGUCUUUCUUACUACCCACUAUUGUUCGACCUUCGGAAGGGAUGUGUGGAACUUACCUGUGCCUGGGAGCCAGUGGUGGAGAUAAAGCUUUAAGCAGCAUUAUGCAGAUUUUAAUAAAUGUUUUGGCAUAUAACAAAAAUCUAAGUGAGAGUCUAUCACUUGGACGGCUUCACCCUCAGCUACAAUCAAAUAUUCUAGAAGUUGACAGUGAGUUUCCAGAAGAAGAUAUCAGCUAUUUUACAGCCAGAGGUGAACAUGUAAAGAAAGUUGAGGUCCUCUCUAUAGUUCAUGGAGCCAGAAGAACAAACAAUUUCAUAAUUGGUGUGAAAGACCCAAGAAGUGUGGAUGCAGCAGGAGCAACAAUAUUAUAGCAACUCUCAGAUAAAUUUGUUCCUCCAAAAAAAAGAAAGGCUUUCCCCCCCCAAAAUACAUUAUGCAUGUUUCCAAACAGUUCCUUUAUCAUUCCCCAUAAUGUGGAACAAGUGGUGUUUCUAUGGGUUUUCACAUUGCUAAAUAGCCCCCUCUGCAAUUCUGUACUAAAACAAUGAAGCCUGAUCAAGAUACAGCACAGCAAUUAGAAUUUUUGUUCAUUAUGAUCUUGAGUUAUAAAAAUCUCAGGCAUUAUUAUAAUAGAAGCACAGGGAAUAAGUUUAAUUUUGAUAGCUAGUCCAACUAUUUGAUGCACCACAGUGAAAUAAUUCUAAAUUGAGCACAAGAAACAAACAACUGAUACUGAAAAUGUACCAUUUUGACAGUGUUAGUGGAAGAUUCACUGUUCAAGGAAUAUGUCUAUUUUCACCCAGGUUCUUAAUUAAAAAAAAAACCCAACAAUCAAAUACAGUUCCAUGAGUUUGAAUUUGCAUGGGAAAUACGUACAUAUAUCUAGGGAAGAAGCCUAUCAGCUGAUAUUGAUAGCAAUUAAUAAAUUUCCUCAUCUUCAAUCUCUGGAACAGUUUUGCAGUUUGUAAGAAUGUUUUCUUGAUGGUUUUCCUUACAUGGAUAAACACAUACUGAAAUAAAGAUGUGUGCGCUUUUUUUUCUUUUAAGGUAGAUUGUUUUCCUAACUUCUGAGAGUAAAAUCAGGCAGCU